UAAUUUUGGUGGUUCUCGGAUUGGUUUUGGGGAUGUUGAAAUAUUUUAGGGGGUGCUCGGAAUAGCCUAGGGGUUCUAAAAUGGCUUUGUGGGUUGUUAGGUAGCAUUUGUGGCUGGUUUGAGGUGCUGGGGUGUUUGGAAUCCUUGGAGGGUUGGGGGUCCCACCUUUGGGGGUGGCUGUAGCAGGUGAAGUCAGGGGGGCCUCAGCACAGCUCAUCUAAGGUCAGGGUUUGGAUCACUCAGAAUAGGUGUCGAGGUGUACUGGGUUUUUUUAGGGCUGCCUCUGAUUUCUUUUUGGUGUGCUUGUCUCUGGGCAUUUGGAUCAGAGCUGCUCUGCCAGGGCUGCUGACUUGAUGGUAGGCAGAAUAUGCCCUCAGGGCCCCUCAAAACUCCCUACAAGCCACCAAGAGCCCCACAGCCCCCUGCAAGACCCUCCAGGAUCCAACCAGCACGUGUGGGACAGGGGUACUUGGGUGCAUCCCACAGCCUGGCUGGGGGGGACGAUGGCAGGGGGACCCUCCCCAGGUACCAGGACCCCCCUGUGGCCCCCUGAGCUGUCCACAAUGCACCUAGGGGAGGUCCCAGUGCCUCCCAGUCACCUCCCAGUGACAGCUAGCUCUUCCCAGUCAACCACUAGUGCAUCCCACUAAUUCCUGGUGCCACCCAGACCCCUUGGUUCCUGCCUAGUUCUGCUCAAUCCCCCACCAAUGCCCCCCAGUGACCUGGAACUCCAGCCUCUGGACACCACCAUAGAUAGAAAGAGAUCAAUGGCCUUGAAGUGAUGUAGAAAAAUGGCUUGUGAAAAGCAAUAACCUUAUUGUUAUGAACAAGAAUGUGCAUGAAUUUGCUGUUAAAACCCCAAAACGUUGCAGGGUUAAACUUAAUUUCUCUCCAGAGACAUUGGGGACAUCUGGGACAUCUGGGACAUCAGAGACAUCAGGAUUAUCUAGGACAUUUGGGAUAUCAGGGACAUCUGGGACACUUGGAAUAUUUGGGACAGCAGGGAAUGAGGGAAACCUCCUGAAAUCCCUUCUGCUGCCAUUGCACUUUCUUUUCUUUACCUGAAUGCCUUUCAGCUAAACAAUGUGCCUUUAAUUAUUUUUGACCCCUGGUCCCCAUUUCACUACAUAUGUACCAGAAUUAUCACAGCCUUACACGAUACUGCUGAUAUGGUUAUCUGGUUCUGAAUAGCCUUGCUUCCCCAGACUCCCUGUCAUCAUUCCAGACUCUACUCUGCCCUUGGUGUAAUCAAGGCCAAGGAGGUUCUUAUCUUAUGUACUGAUAUUUUACAUAUCAGAUCAAUGGGAUAUGCUUUGCUUUCUUUCAGUAUCCCCUAAAACCCCUCCAUGGUAAUGUCCCUGUUCUGAUACUGGCUGUUAGUGCAUAGGUGCUGUCCUACUUCCUUUCCAGAAUAUCCCUGUGCUUCUGUCUGAGACAUUCUGUAGCCCAUUUCAUAGCUCUAAUAUUAAGCCACCAUUCUCAAUUAUACCUUCCUCAGAAUAUCUUUUUACCUCUCUCGUUUACAGCCCUCAUGCUGGCACAUACCAUGCAAUAAUCACACUUUUUCAAUGCCUCAUUAUCUCCUGAGCAAAACUGUACUGUCAGCAUCUAUUCUUUAUCGUUCUUCUAGCUGAUAACUAAUUCCUCCAGUAAAAUUAAAGCAUAGACCCAGUGCCAAUGACUCUGUGGUCUUGAACUUUGAAGCAGGAAUGUUUUUAAAAAUAAUAAACAUCUACUUCCAUUUCAGAAAAACUUAAAUGUUAAAAUAACGUGUAGGAGUUCAAGUGACUACCUCCCCUACCCCCUCUAUCUUCUCCUGAAUUGGACAUGACCUCUGAAAAGGAACAUUUCAUUCCAUUUGUCUUGCUUCAGUAGUUUACAACAAACCUUUGAACAGUGAGAAUCUUGUUUAUUCCUGGACACCUCGUUCUAUAAAAGGCUUUUCUCAGACUGGCACAAAGACUACUGAAAUCAGCCAUCCUGAAUCAUCUGGACAAAAUAUGAAAUUCAUUGGCAUAAUUGUUUCUUUCUUCAUUCUCUUCACCCUUACUGCUCUUCGGAAUGCAGGAGCUCAAGACUCUUGCUCACACCAGUGUGGGGAGCUGCUUAGUACCUGUUCUUGCCAGGUGACAUGCCAGUCCUUGGGGAAUUGCUGCCCUGAUUAUAAAGAAUUUUGUCUUCAGAUUUCUCCGUACUCAGGAUCUCUGAUGGGAGGCAAAGACUUUUUGAUUGAAAAUACAGCUUUUAAUACCUCUUCUGUGCUAACAUGCAGGUUCAAGCAGGAAAUCAAAACCAGUGGCUAUACUGCUAAGGAUGGAAAAGGCCACUGCAUCUCCCCGUUGCUUUAUGAGACUGGUUUCAUCCCUUUUGAAGUUUCUAUAGAUGAUGGGAGGACGUUCCCCUACUCUGGAACUUGGCUAUCAGUACAUCACAGCAAGGUUUCAGAUGAAGAAAAAUGUACUUUGGUGAAUGAGACAAAAUGGCAAUACUACGGUACCCCCAACACUUAUGGAAACUUAACUCUUACCUGGACACAUCAGGCACUUGCAGAAAACCACGUCAACAUAGAAGUCUGGGGAUACCAUGAAACAGGUGACAGUUACUCAGAAAACUGGUUGGCUGAAUGGAAAUAUCUUUAUACUUUGGCCAGAGAAAUCCCCAAUACAGGGAAAUUCACUUUCACUCCUGUACCUGCUGAAGGAAAUUACAGUACGUGGGACUUCGGAAUUUUGAGGAUUACACCCAGCAGCUAUUCUGAUGGGCAGAGCAACAUUCCAUCACUCUGGAGCAAUGAGCAUGCAUUGGCUUGGCACCUCGGGAAAGACUUCAGGGAUGACCCAAAUGCAUGGGCAACUGCAAAAUGUAUGGAAUGGGACAGAAAGGAAGAGAAGCUUCCAAACUUCAAGGAAGAAAUUAUAGACUGCCCUUGCACUUUGGCACAGGCAAGAGCUGACACUGGCAGGUUCCAUACAGAUUAUGGCUGCAACAUUGAGAAGGGGAGUGUGUGUACUUAUCACCCUGGUGCUGUGCACUGUGUGAGAGCCAUUCAAGCCAGUCCCCAGUAUGCAGCAGGACAGCAGUGUUGCUAUGACUCCACGGGAACACAGAUCCUCACACAUGACUCCACGGGAGGCAGCACACCCGAUCGAGGCCAUGACUGGGGUUCACCACCUUUCCUGAAGCCUCCCCGGAUACCUGGCUUUUCCCAUUGGCUUUAUGAUGUUAUCAGCUUCUAUUACUGCUGCCUGUGGUCUGAUAAUUGUCAGUUCUAUAUGAAAAGGCGUCCCUCUAGUGACUGCAGGACCUAUCGCCCACCUCGAGCUGCAUCUGCUUUUGGGGAUCCUCAUUUCUUCACAUUUGAUGGUCUGAACUUCACCUUCAAUGGCCUAGGAGAAUACCUGUUGGUAGAGUCUGAUCUCACAUCCCUAAGAGUGCAAGGGAGGACACAGCAGGGUCGCCUUCCCAAUGGAACUGGAGCUCAGGGGACAGGCUUGUCUGCAGUGGCCAUGCAGGAGAACAACUCUGAUGUGAUUGAAGUACGGUACUCAGAGGAUUUGAAUCUGGAGGUCCUGUUAAACCAAAAGGUUCUCAACUUCUCUGAACAGACCUGGAUGGACCUGAAAGGUCUCUUUCUCCAUUCUACACCCGAUCAGAACAUCACAGUGAUGUUCUCUUCUGGGUGUGGAGUGGAAAUACGGGGAAAUGGAGGAUUUCUGACCCUGACAGUUCUGCUCCCAGAGAAGUUCACAAAUCACACACAGGGUCUCUUUGGGGUAAUGAAUGGCAAUACAGAGGAUGAAUACACCUUCAGGAAUAAAACCACCCUACCAGUUCAUGCAAGUCCCCAGCAGUUGUUUGAGUUUGGAGCUAACUGGGCUAUUGAGAAUGGAACUUCUCUCUUUACUUAUGACACAGAGUUCUUACUGAACAAUUUCUUUUAUGGGGAGAAGCACAAUGCUUCCUUCCUGCCCGUGUUCUUCCCUUAUGAAGACCCUGCUGAUCCCCUGGUAGAAGAGAUGGUCUCACUCUGUGGCUCUGACCCGUUCUGCAGAUUCGAUGUCCUGACAACAAGAAGCCUUCAAGUGGGAAAUUCCACAAGACUAUCUUAUCAGAAUCACAAGCUGCUGGUAGAACAUCUGGAGCCAGUGAUCUCUUGUGGCUGGCUGGACCAUCCAAUCAAUGGAACAAAGAAUGGAACUAACUACCUGCUGGGCUCAACCAUCAUUUUCCUCUGCAGUCAGGGCUUUGAACUCACCGGGUCAAAGGAAAGAACUUGCCAAGCGUCGGGGGCCUGGUCUGGAGACACACCCAGUUGCAUCCAGAAAAUAGCUAUUGAACAACUAAUUCUUCUUGGCUGUGUAUUUGGAAUAGUUGGUGUUGCAGUCCUGGCACGUCUGACUUUUUUAUGUAGAAAGGAGAGACACAAAGGAAACCAGAAACUUGUUUCAGAAGUUCCAGUAGAAUAAGAGACAAUGAAAUUCCAGCGGAGUUUUUAAUGAAAUACAGAAAAAGCGCAGCAGAGGCUUAAAUCAUCCACAGCAACAAAUACCGACUUUCCAAACACAAACAAUGGUAUCAUUUUGUACUAUAUAAUUUGAUUUCUGCUAUCAAUAUAAUGAGUAUUGAAUUGUAUGGGAAAUGCUAAUCAAAUUCCUGACAUUACAUUAUGGCAGGCUGAGCAAAAGACAAUGUUUCUGAAAGCAUUAGUCUCAAAGUUACAGGCACUAGUUUCUUCUGUCACAUCUUUGCCAGCAGAACCAGAGUUCUGACAAAACUGAGAGAGUUCAUGAUUUCUCUGCGCUUUUCAUCUUUUACUGGAGAGCUGGUAAAAUGGAAAGAAUAAGAGCCUGCUAUCUUAGCAAUUGUCAGGGAAACAUUUGCCUUCUCUGGGGCCAUGUAAGGCUUAGAGAGAUGUGAAAGUGGAUGCACAGACAGAUGGACUACUGGCAGGUCGGGUUGAAUUUACAGAUUUUUGGGGUUCUUUUUAGCAGAGAGGGAGAGAUACUGACAGUAUUUAAAUAUAGCAUUCUUAUAUUUUGACAAGUUUCUGAACACAGACUCAAAGUGAACUUUUUGUUUCAGUUCUCACCUAAUUUUAAAAGGAUCCAAUUGGAAGGGAGAGAAGGGAAGUACUCGGAAAAUUAUGUUUUCUUCCACAUUAGUGUAGAAUGACUUUUUAAAAAUCCAUCUUUAUUCAACUCUCAAAUUAGAGUCCAUCUUCAAAACAAAAAGUCUGUUAGCUGCACUGGAAAUGUUUUGCAAAACUUGCAGUGCUUUCCUUGAACAACCACAACAUGAGCACUGUUUGUAUCUAGAUGUAUUUUCCUGUGUUUCAUUAUCUUCAUUAAAAAGUGAUUUCUGAAUUACUGCCUUGUACAGAAUCCUUUCAGGAAAAAAACCCUUUGCUUUUAUCUACAACCCAAAGGGUUUCUGAAGUAAUUUCUAUAUUGUUCAGCUCUUUUCAAUGUAAGAAUUGCUAACAUUUGCAGGUUGUUUUGUCUGUUUUUUUAAGGUCUUUAACUUAUUGACUACUGGAAAAUCGUGGUGGUUUCAAAAAGCAAGGACAAACUAUACCUGUACCAAAAUUAUCCUGUACCAAAUGUACAGGAAAACUAAAUUAAUUAAUACUAUAGAUUUUACAUUAUAAUGGGCACAAGACAAAUUGAAAGAAAUGCCUCAGACUAUGUGUUAUGAAAUAUAAAAUUAUUUAUUCAUUACUUAUUAGCUGCCAUUGCUGUUGCCAUUGUUGUUUGUAUACAGAGACCAUAAACCACAAAAAGAAAAUUACAAAAUGAGAAUGAGUGACCUUGAAUACAGUGUUGAAAUACAAAUAGAAAGAAAAAAUCUUGUAAAAAAAAAAAGAACUUUGAAAGAAAUCUGGGGGAUUAUCACUGGCAAUGAACUUGUUCUCCAGGGCCAGUGUGCUACAGUUACAAAAACCAGUGCAACUGAUGUAUACACACAUAUCGAUUGUGUGUGCAACUGAUUGGUGGAGAAAGAGGGCAGCAUAGUGAAUGAAAGUGGGUUGGCUUAGGAAUGCUGGAAGACUGAAAUGGCUUUUGGAGAUAUGGUUGAUUUUGUGAGCUUUGUUAGCAAUACACUGUUAUAAAUUUGUAAGCCUUCUCUGUUCCAGUGUCCUUAAGGAACAGAAUGCCAAAUAAAAUGGAAUUGAAAUUGAGUGAAUGGGAGCACAAUGGGAUCCCAGUCCUUGGAGAGAAGACUGUAUGUGUGAGGAGGAACUAAAUAUUUCUGCAUUUAUCAUUAAAAAGGAAAAAAAAAAACCAUAGCACCAAGGUAACAGAACACUGCUAUGGUUUUUCAAUAUUUCAUCAGCUUAAAAAAAUUACAUUCAAUAGGAAUUCAGCUCAAAAUUAUUGAAUAUUAAAAAUUUAACUAAUAUUUAGAUUUAAAUUUUUGUGUAAAGCCAUGCUAUUAUAUGGAAUCUUUUUUCUUCUCAAUGUUUUUCUU